AUGCGACAAAGACUGCCUGAGUGCCUAAUUUCAAUAUUGGUAUCAUUCAUUUCAAUGGUGCUAGCAGAUCGUGUUAUGUUGAUUCACAAAAGUGCAAAUGCCACGAUCGGUUUAUACAAUGGUGAGACGUAUAUUCAACUGCGAGAAGGUGAUAGAUUCGCAGUGGAGUGUCAUUCAAAUGAUACUAUUCAGUUGCUUCUACCAAAUAUCACUUCCGUGAGAGGACACGACCUGAACAAGGUUUACAAUUACAUAACUUCGAAGAGAACUGAGGGUGGAAUUGCGUUGGAGAUUGCGCAUGCCCAGAAGCAUCAUACUGGAAAGUACACUUGUUUGACAGCAGCGAGCGACAUCUCCUUUUAUAUUUUCGUUUUGGUCGAAACAACUGAAAGUCUUCCACAAAAUGCGUCUGUGUCUAAAGAAGGACGACUGCGUUUACGAAAUAUGUCAGCAUCACCAAUUGAGAUCAAAGAAGGACAGAGCUUGGAGAUUUUGAUUAAUUUUGAUAUGUUCGAGCCCAGUGGAUACAGUCUGCAAUGGUUUAAGACUUAUUAUCUUCCACUUGCAAUGAGUCGAGAGUCAGUCACCAGAAAUAUCACGUAUACAAUUAACAAUCAAAGCGAUCCUUAUUUGGGUGGAGGGAGGCUGUUUAUUGCAAGGGCAAAUGCUGAAGACGCUGGAAUCUAUGAACUUGUUGCUACUAUUGGCGAUGACUUCAAUGCGAGUUUUAAAUGGAAAGUAAUUGUUCAUCCAUUGCGACGUCGAAUUGAUGAUUUAUCCAUGUUAACUUAUAAUUCAGUUGGGGAAGAUGUCAUUCUUUUCGGUAAAAAUGCUGUGAUUGAUUGUGACACUAACGAUAACAAUAUCACUGGAAUUACGAUGCAACGAUCGAAAGCGUACGAUAAGAACUGGAUCAACAUCAACUCAAGUGAAUUGAAAGUAGAUAAAUAUACCUACAAAAGCGUAUUGAAAAUUAACGAAACAGUAUCCGAAGACACAUUAUAUCGCUGUGUGGAUGAGCGGAAUAAUGAGCUGAAAGAUGUUAUCGUGCACAGAGUGCCGAAUACACUUGGAUGGAUACUUGGAAUCGUUGGCGUCAUAAGUUCAGCGUCGUUCAUCACUUGUGCACUUUUCAUUGUUCGACAACGGCGCAAAAAUACAAAACAAGCGCAACAACUCAAACAACUUUACGCACAACUGAUGCAUACUGCAACUAACGUUGAUGAUACGUGCUUGAAGAAUGAUCAACGACCAUUACAUGAAAGGAUCGAUCAGUUGCCUUAUGAAAGAAAGUUUGAAAUUGAAAGAGAAAGAAUCUGUUUUGAAAAACUUCUCGGUGGCGGUGAGUAUGGAUCGGUGUAUUUGUGUCGUGUAUUGAAAAGAAGAUCAACAGUCGACAAGGAACACGUUGAAUUCGUUCGAGCUGCUGCCAAGCGACCUCGCAAUCGUUAUAAUAUAGAGCACUAUGAAGCACUCGUUGCGGAACUUCGGGUGAUGAUUGCAAUUGGAGAGCAUCCAAAUGUGCUUUGUCUUAUUGGUGCUGUUGUAAAGCACCUUGUCAGCAACUAUCUUUACGUUAUCACCGAAUUUUGUGAGAUGGGUGAUUUACGCAGUUUUGUGCAUGAUAACAGAACAAAUUAUGUGGAUGAAGUGGUUAAUAUGCGAAGACAGCAACUAAUCGACAAUGGCUAUCUUGUAUCGAAUACAGUUCGGCGAAACGCCGAAGAAUGUUAUGCUGCCCAAGUUAAACCAGAUUGGGAUUUAUUAAUGAACACUGAGCGCAUUAAUGGUGUUGUCUUAUCGACAUGUGAUUUAAUAUCGUUCGGUUACCAAAUUUCAAAUGGAAUGCAAUUUCUCGCAAGUAAAUUGUGUAUACAUCGCGACUUAGCUGCUCGAAACAUUUUCGUUACGAAAAAUCGGAUCAUCAGGAUUGCUGAUUUUGGUUUGGCACGUAAAGAUCAAUCAAUUUAUCAUAUGAAGAGUGACUGCCCUCUUCCCGUUCGAUGGAUGGCGCCUGAAACAUUAACGGCUAAAGAGUUCUCUGAAAAGGUCAGUCGAUAUGAGCACUUACUGAGUUCACCAGGAAAGCACAAAUGUGGUAUGCGAUUCGCUGAAUCGGAUGUGUGGUCGUUUGGAGUGCUGCUUUGGGAAUUGUUUACGUUUGGUGAUUAUCCAUACAAUAAAAUCCAAGAUAAUGAUGAAUUAUUUGAUCGUCUUUGUAGUGGAUAUCAUUUGGAGAAACCGGCUUGUUCGCCCAAGGCAGUGUAUGAAAUUAUGGAAGAUUGUUGGCACUUCGACCAACUGGAUCGGCCAGACUUCGCAGAAUGUAAAUUAAAGCUGUAUGAACAAUUAAAAUUGGUUUCUCCACUCGUAAGUAAUGCUUUCUGUUGA